AUGUGGGUAAAAACUAUAUUUGCCUAUUUGUGUAUUUUUGAAACAAUAUUAUUGAAUACUUCCAUAUUUUGUUAUGCUACUAACGCAAACAAAAGUAUUGGUGAUGAAAACAGAGAAGACAUUGCCGAGACAAACGAAGAUUCCAAAGAGGCGUCGCUGGAAAUUCCUACAGAAAAUUUUUUAAACAACCUCACAGCUUGCACUAGAAGAGAAAAUACUCUAAUGCACGAAAUUCGUACAGCCAAUCCCAGUGAGUUUCCGUUUAUGGUGGCUAUUAUGUCUCCUCAGAAUCAAUUUUUGUGUUCUGGUGUCGUAGUUUCUAAUGGAAUGAUUUUGACUUCGGCUCGAUGUAGUCAACAAGCAAUAGAUCACGUUUUAUUGAAUACCACUAAUGAUAAAAAUAAGGACAGUUGUAUUGCUCUUCGUGUUAAAAAAAUUGAAAAAUUUCCUACGUAUGAUGGAGGUGAAAUUCAUAAAGAUGUCGCAUUAAUAUAUACAGAAAAAUACAAUAACACAGUUGUUUCUAAAAUAAAACUCGGCAACUACACCGAUAAAAAGUCUAUUACCGAUUUCGAAGCUUUCGGCUAUGGGCUGAACGUUGAAGUAGGUGAAAUCAAAGAACUACAAUAUGUAGGACUAGAAAACAGAGAAUCUGAUGUCGGUGACUACAUAACAGGUUACCUUGACUGUAUCGAUACCAAAGUUCCCACGUGCUUUAAAGAUAUUGGGGGCCCAGCAGUGUUUGGCAAUGAGCUCAUAGGUAUUGUUGUUAAUGGACAAAAUGUUUGCCUCAAAGAAAUGACUGCUCAAUUUGCAAUUAACAAUAAAGUUGUUGAUAUUUUACCUAUUCAAACGUUCAAAGUUUGGCUUGAAGACCAAAUAAAAAAGAAUGAAGAAUCUACACAAAUGACUUUGGUAACUUAUCCUGCAAAGCCAAUAGUGCCAGACAUGUCUCUUCAUAAAAUGACAACCUCUGGAACAAAAUUUGGCGUACAAUAUUACCAAUGCCUACUCCUUUGUCUGUUUCUUCUGCAUUAG